UGAUCGACAUUCUUCUUCUUUCUAGUAGUUGAGUCGCUCGUGCUUCCGAAGCAAGACAAUUCUGAAAGAAAAAAAUGAAAAAUAUUGAAAAAUUGAAAAGUUUAAACACCUGUGAUACAUGCGGCAAGUGCUUUAUGAAGCCUGCUUUGCUCCGCCGACAUCUGGUUGUACACAGCACAGAGAAGGCAUUUCCAUGCGAAAGCUGCUGCAGUCGUUUCUCUCAAAAAAGUUCACUGCUACGUCACAAACGCAUCAAACAUGAUAUGGCAAAGGAGUGCGACGACUCCGAGGUAGCGCAACAUGCACUGGCUGCCCUAAAGCUAUUGCAAGGCAGCCAUACGCCGGCAGAUAGUUCAAUUGCUACAGGUGCAGGUUCGUUAGGUUCACUGGGCACUCUUGAAGAGAAACCAUCUUGUCAUGUAGUACAACUGAGGGACAAACUGAAUCCAGCUGGUGAAGUCCACAUGCUCAUCACACAGCGCAUAGUGCGAAAGAACCCCAAUCGAUGCUACUAUGUUUGUGAAUAUUGCGCUAAAGAAUUCAGCAAGAGUUACGAUUUAAUAAGGCAUCGUCGCUCGCACACCAAAGAGACGCCCUAUCCAUGCAAUCAAUGCUUUAAGAGGUUUUCUACACAGAGCAAGCUCAACGAGCAUCACAAGCGUCUGCAUGCUGCUGUGAAAAAGCAUGCAUGCAGCGAAUGUAUUUCUAGCUUCAGCAGCAAGAAUAAGCUGCACAAUCACUUGGCUGAGAAACAUCCUUAUAUGGUGUAUAGCUGUACGCACUGUAGUCGCACCUUCCAAUCGAAAUCGGCCUAUGAAACACACAUGAAACUAGAAGCAGAUCCGAUAGAAGGAAAACUCAUCAAAUUGUUGCCGCAGCCAGUGCUGUCGCAACGCAGCUACAAGUGCAUCUACUGUGAAAAACAAUUCAAACGCAAAUUCAACUGUCGCACACACAUGCUGCUGCAUCUGCGGCGUUUGGUAGACCCAAAACAGAUUAAGCAUAGUUGCCUGCAAUGUGGCAAAGAGUUCAAGCGGUCCAACGACUUGGCCCGUCAUUUACUAACUCAUUCCAAACUCAAGCUCCACAUAUGUCACGUAUGUCAAAGACGCUUUACCCUAAAGUCCACAUUGGCCAGACAUCUGGAAACCCAUCAGCCACAGCGAAGCAACGUAAAUUGUCAGGUGUGUGGCAAGAGGUACGCCUCCAAAACAUCACUGCAGCUACAUCUGCGUUUGCACACCGGCGAACGGCCCUUCAAAUGUGAAAUUUGCGGCGAAACUUUUCGUACAUCGGGACACAGACUGGAGCAUAUGCGAGCCGAACGGCACAAAAGUGCAUCGUCGAAUGAACUCAUUCUUUGAUCAGAUUUACAUCAUAUUUUAAAGUCUAUAUUUCAUAAAUA